GUUGGAAAACGUGAUAAUGUGAUAACUUAGAGCUCAGCUCGAUCAAAGGGUGAGCUGAGUAUCGCAGGUGGAGAGUGAUUGGCUGCAGCGCCUUCCCUUUACUGUUGUUUUACAGCGUACAGACCUGCGCUGACUCACCAUCCCAGUCCAAAGAUCCAUGAACUGUUUCCCUAAGAAGUUAGGAGUACAGAGAUCUUCCUGAAAAUUCUUCUGAAGGUUCUUCUAUCGCUAUAAAACAUUUCACCCGACUGCAUCGGACUAUAAGGACUACAACAGCUCCUGGAAAUCCAGAUCAUCAUCAUCCGAAAUGGAAGCAAAGGAUGGGUAACAUGCACUGGAAUUUGUCUUAAACGCAGAAUCAAUGUGUCCACGAUUGAAAGAAGUCUAGUUCAGUGUUUUGAAAAGAUGAAGAACUUCUGUUGAAGAUGAAAUCACUAACGGACUCCUGGAACAGCUUGAGGGGGAGAAAACCAGAGAAGGAGCGUCUCCUACGGGCAAAUGACAGACCUUUCAACCUGUCAUUUCACUACGCCAGAAAUGCCAUCAAGACAUCCAAAUACAACGUCCUCACCUUCCUGCCUCUUAAUCUGUUGGUGCAGUUUACCAGGCUCGCUAAUGCUUACUUCCUGCUGCUUCUUAUUCUUCAGCUAAUCCCAGAAAUUUCCUCCCUUCCCUGGUUCACCACAGCUGUGCCGCUGGUGAUUGUGCUGUCUAUAACAGGAGUCAAAGAUGCCAAUGAUGACAUAAACAGACAUAGAUCUGACAAGCAGGUGAAUAAUCGGACUACAGAAGUCCUGGUGGACGGGAAACUGAAAGAGGAAAGAUGGAAGAAUGUUCAAGUUGGAGACAUAGUUAAACUGCAGAACAACCAUUUUAUCCCUGCAGACAUUCUGCUGUUGUCCAGCAGUGAGCCUCUGAAUCUGGUCUAUGUGGAAACAGCCGACUUAGAUGGUGAAACCAAUCUGAAAGUGAAACAGGCUCUGACUGUGACUGGAGAGUUGGGGAACAACCUUGAAGCAUAUUCUAGCUUUACAGGUGAAGUACGAUGUGAACCCCCCAACAACCGCUUAGACAAGUUCAAAGGAACCCUGACCAUGUCAGGACAAACUCAUGGGCUGGACAAUGACAAAGUGCUGCUGAGAGGAUGUACCCUCAGAAACACAGAUUGGUGCUUUGGCCUGGUCAUCUUUGCAGGUCCUGACACUAAACUCAUGCAAAACAGUGGAAAGUCAAAAUUCAAACGGACAAGAAUCGAUCGCAUGAUGAAUAUCCUGGUGUUAUGUAUCUGUGGUUUCCUUGUGACAUUAUGCUCCGUUCUCUCCAUUUGUAAUUACCUCUGGGAGACCAAUGAGGCGUCUGGGUUCACAGUGUUUCUUCCUCGUUUACCAGACACGAGUGCUGAGCUCUCGUCCUUCUUCAUCUUCUGGUCCUACGUCAUCGUCCUUAACACGGUGGUGCCCAUUUCUCUCUACGUCAGCGUGGAGAUCAUCCGUCUGGGAAACAGUUUCUUCAUAGACUGGGACAGGAAGAUGUACUAUCCUAAGAAGGACACUCCGGCUCAAGCAAGAACCACCACGCUCAACGAGGAGCUCGGUCAGAUAAAAUACAUCUUCAGUGACAAAACGGGAACCCUGACGCAGAACAUCAUGACCUUCAACAAGUGCUCCAUCAAUGGAAAAGCCUACGGGGAGCUGUACGACUUUUCUGGACAUAGGGUGGAAAGAACUGAUAGGAUGGAGAGAGUGGACUUCAGCUGGAAUCAGCUUGCAGACCCGAAGUUCAUUUUCCACGACCACAGUCUGGUGGAGACGGUGAGGGAAGGAAACCCGGAGGCUCAAGCUUUCUUCCGAUUGCUGGCUUUGUGUCACACCGUCAUGCCAGAAGAAAGGAAGGAAGGGGAGCUCAACUACCAGGCUCAGUCUCCCGAUGAGAGCGCUCUGGUGACGGCAGCGAGGAACUUCGGUUUUGUGUUCCGCUCUCGCACGCCAGAAACCAUUACUGUCAUGGAGAUGGGCAGGAAAGUUGUAUAUGAACUCGUAGCAGUCCUGGACUUCAGCAACGUGCGGAAGAGGAUGUCAGUGAUAGUGCGGAGCCCUGAGGGCAAGAUCACCCUCUUCUGCAAAGGAGCAGACAUGGUUAUCUAUGAGAGACUGCACCCCUCCAGUGACAAACUGAUGGAAGUCACCACCAAACACCUCAAUGAAUAUGCAGGGGACGGCCUCCGCACGCUGGUCCUGGCCUAUAAGGAUUUGGAUGGGAGCUACUUGGAGGAGUGGAGGAAGAGACACCAUGACGCCAGCAUCGCAAUGGAGGGAAGGGAGGAGAGACUGGAUGAACUUUAUGAAGAGAUUGAAAAAGAGAUGACUCUGUUGGGUGCGACGGCUGUGGAGGACAAGUUACAAGAUGGAGUUCCUCACACUAUUGAGCAACUGGCCGAAGCGGAUAUUAAAAUCUGGGUGUUGACUGGAGACAAACAAGAAACAGCGGAAAAUAUCGGCUAUGCCUGCAACAUGUUGAGGGAAGACAUGAAUGACGUUUUUGUUGUGUCAGCAAAUACUGCUGAAGGAGUCCGAAAGGAGCUACAAGAAGCAAGAGAGAAAAUGUGUCCACAAGCUGCAGCAAAGCCGUCUAUGAGGAAAUCUCGUGGCGGCCUCUUUUGGCUCAAUAAGACCCAGUAUUUGAAGGAUGAAAAAGUGGAUGGACAAUACGGUUUGAUUAUCAACGGAUCCAGCUUGGCUUUUGCCUUGGAGGAGGAUCUGGAGCUGGAGCUGCUGAGGACAGCAUGCAUGUGUCAGACAGUGAUUUGCUGCAGGGUCACUCCUCUGCAAAAAGCUCAAGUGGUUAAAGUGGUCAAGAAAUACAAGCAGGCUGUCACUCUGGCUAUUGGAGAUGGAGCCAACGAUGUGAGCAUGAUCAAAACUGCUCACAUCGGUGUGGGCAUCAGUGGUCAGGAGGGGAUGCAGGCAGUCCUCUCCAGCGAUUUCUCCUUUGCUCAGUUCCGUUACCUCCAGCGCCUCCUGCUGGUGCACGGUCGCUGGUCUUACCUCCGCAUGUCCAAGUUCCUCAGAUACUUUUUUCUCAAGAACUUCACCUUCACCUUUGUGCACUUCUGGUACGCGUUCUUUUGUGGCUACUCUGCACAGCCGGUGUAUGACGACUGGUUCAGUACUUGCUACAACCUGGUCUACACAGCACUUCCUGUCCUUGCCUUGAGCCUCUUUGAUCAGGAUGUUAACGGCCGCUGGAGCUUUUAUUAUCCUAAGCUCUACAUUCCCGGCCAGCAGAACAUGUACUUCAACAAAAAGUCUUUUCUGCUCUGUAUGAUGCAAAGCUGCUACAACUCCCUGGUCCUGUUCUUCGUCCCGUAUGGGGCCUUGCACGACACAGUCCGACAGGACGGGAGAGACAUUACAGACUAUCAGACUUUUGCUCUUUUGCUACAGACCUGUCUGAUCAUUGUGGUGAAUACACAGAUGUUUCUGGAUACCUGGUACUGGACAGGAAUAAACCACUUUUUUUUGUGGGGCAGCAUGGCUGCCUACUUCGCUCUAACCUUCACCUUGAGUAGUAACGGCUUGUUUUUUAUCUUUCCCACCAUGUUUCAGUUCCUUGGCACAGGAAGAAACUCUUUGAACCAGCCAAACACGUGGCUGAUCAUAUUCCUGGCGUGUCUCCUGUGCAUUCUACCUGUUGUGGCUCUACGCUUCAUUUUCCUACAAACUUCCCCAACAAUCAAUGACAAGGUGAGAUACAAGAUGCGAAGAGACGAAGUGCCCGCCAUUUCUCCACGCCGCCCAGCUACCAGGCGGGUCAGCACCCGCUCAAGCUACGCCUUCUCCCAUUCCCAGGGAUACGGUGAUCUGGUAACUUCCCAAAAGUUCCUGGGGAAGAAAACCCCAAGGCGACCUCUCCUUUUUGGCCAAAAAGAACACCCCCUCGGGGAAAAUCAGCCACAGCUGUUUCGCACCAUAACCGAGGAGUCGGAGGAGCAACAAAGUCCUUAGUUUAGACUAAAAAUGUCACCCAAGAUUUCAGCUUUAAAAUGUUUUUUAUGACGUUUUUUGCAUUAGAGGUGUAUUUUUUGAUCAUACCAGUUUUUAAAUAACAUCAACUUUCAUACAAUUAGUUGUAAAAUAAACAGCAAUUUUCCCAUUAUGUUUGUAAUGUUAAGUGAAGAGACAUAAAUUAAGGGUUAGAAGUAUUCCUGCAAAGUCUUCAGAUCCCAUCUGCUGCAUCAACUGGUGUUAAAGUGGCCACUUUCAAAGAAAAGUCUAUGCAAACAAUGAUUUUUAAUCAUCUGAAUGAUUUGCAAAUGGUUUUAUUUAAUUUUAUGAGUAUUUUCUUCUUUUAAAUUAUGUAAUCUUGAUUAAAAAAUAUAUAUUUUUGAUAUCUGAUUUUCUUCUCACUGGAGCCUUUUACAGGCUUCAAGAAAGUUAUUAAUUCAAGUCUUAAUUUAUCUUUGUGUUGCCUGUUCUGUUAAUAUUUACAGUAUUUACAAAAGUUUUUAAAGUUUUAUUGGUGUCUGCGUAUGUUUAAGUUAUCUUUGUUCAUAAGAUGUACAGCUGCUCCUGAAGAUCCAAACUAAUCUGCUGCUACAACAAUCAAAAUAGAUGUGUUUCCAUGACACAUAUGCGCAAAACUUGAUUGAAAUUCUAGAAAUGCCAAAAAACACAAUUUUGCAAUUGCAAUUUCCUGUGAUGCUGUGGGACCUCUUGUGGAACCUGCCAUGUAGUUCCUAAGGCAGCCAGUUCCAUUUCAGUUUUGUGAAAUAUUUGAAUUUUGU